AUGAUGCUCGCUCCGCUUACAACGUGUCCAUCAACCACCAUGUCGCUCGCUUCGACUCCUUCCAUGCCGCCCAAGAGACCUCGGCUGUCCCUCCAGACCAAAACACCGACUGCCCACACGCUGGGGAAGUCCGCGACGGCCUUGAAGUCGGAUUUUGACCCAUCCUCUCCGACUGCAUUCAACACCCUCUCCAACGCAUAUGCCGCCGCCAUCGAGAAUGCGUCGCCCAGGACAGCGCGACCUCUGGCAGACAGCAAGUCAGUAACAGCGAGACGGACCCCCUUGCGGCUCGAGACGGCCAACGUCUGUGGCAAUAGCGACUAUAUCCACCCAUCGCAACGCACCCAAACGCCGGGACCUUUCUCAUCCAUCUACCCAGAUACACCCAGCUCGGCCUUGUCCAGUAGCGUGACCCUCGCAGCCGCCCAAUCCCAAUCCCAACCCCAACCCCAACCCGAAAGCGAGCCGAAACGGCCCUUCUCAUUCACACCACCUCAAUCAGCCGCAUCCGAGCAGCCCGUUCCCAAAAUCUUCACCUUUGCCUCCCAAGAUACCACCAGCUCCUCGCCCAGCACCCCCAGGACGCCCCGACGUCGCUUGACCUUCGGCAGCCAAACCGCGCCCUACACCCACCCCCGAGCCUUGCGCAGCAUCCUGCGCAACUCGCCUCUUCCUCCCCCCAGCGCCAUGACCCCAGCAGCACUGAGUCGGGUAUCGAUGCGAAUGGCGAACAAGGCGUCGAAGAAGGUCGGAUACAACGACCCCCUCACUCAAACCAUCACCACGAACAAAUACGUCAAGUCACAUAUCGACCUCCUCGUGGAGGACUCGCCGCAUUCGGCCACCGACCCGGAGAUGGAGAAUUUAGAAGCGCUGGACUUGACCAUGGCCUACACGGGCGACGAGACGCGAGACGGGGGCCAAACCCCCGGGCCGUUUGAAGAGAUGCGCCGGAGGAUGGCCGAGAGCGAGUUGGAGAACCCAGGGGCACGGAAGCGCAGGCGCCGAGAGAAGAAGCGCAGGUGGGAGUGGACCAUCAGCACCAACGAGACGGGUGAGGGAGAUGACGCGCCGGACGGGCGGACGCCGCUGACGGCGGUCAUGCGGGAGCGCACGCCAAUCACGGCGAUCAGGAGCGCAUCCAUCUCCGAUAGCUCGGAAGCCAGCGAGGUGGAAGAACGAUGUACCCCGUCGGGGACCGGAUCGGGAGGUGGGCCAGGUGAAUGA